AUGCCCAGAGAAUACUCGAGGGAGAGACUAUCUCAUUCUGAUUCCACGACGACCAGUAAACGCAAGUACCGCGAAGUAUCGGAAGACUCUCAACCAGCAAAGAAGAAGAAGAUCCACCCUCCCAAACAUGAACACACCCACCCCUCCGUGAACGAGUUGAAGAAGCGCAUCCGAGAUGUCAAGCGUCUGCUCAACCGGGUUGACCUGCCAGCCGAUGCGCGCAUCGUCCAGGAGCGUGCGCUCGCGGGAUACGAGAAGGAUCUUGAGGACGAGCUGGCGAGACGCAAUCGGUCCCAGAUGAUCAAGAAGUAUCACUUUGUUCGAUUCCUCGACCGAAAAGCCGCCUCAAAAGACCUCAACCGUCUCCUCCGCCGCGAAAAGGAAAUCUCCGACUCCGAUCUCGACUCAGCAGCAAAGGAAGAGAAACUAGCUGCUCUUGCAAGGAAGAUCCACGUCGCGCGUGUGAAUCACAAUUAUACCAUCUACUACCCGCUCACGCAGAAAUACGUCGCGCUCUACGCAGAGAAGAAGAACAAAAAGGAGUCCACCGCACAAUCGGAGAAGCCGAAUGAGUCUGACGCGGAAGUUGGCAGCAAACUUAUCUAUGAGACCACGGGCGAGAGACCGCCCAUGUGGCGUGUAGUCGAGAAGUGCAUGGAAGACGGGACGCUGGAUCUUCUCCGUGAAGGGAAAUUGGACAGUGGGGAGGGCGAGAAGAGCUCACAAGCGCCGGAGCAGAAUAGGUUGAAGAAAAGCACGGAUGCGGAUCAACAUGCACGCAAUAAGUUCAAGAAGGAAAAGGCGUCCGAUAAAGCUAGCGGAAAGUCGAGGAAGUCAGAGGGCAGGCAAGACAAGAAACCCAAACGGUCCUCGGUAAUGGAGGGCGCGUACUGGAGUGCCAACGAGCACAAUGAUGAUGGUAAUGAGAGUGAUGGCGGUUUCUUCGAGGAGUGA